AUGACGAAAAACUUAGACGUAAAUGCAUCAGAUGACAAAGGAUGGCGUCCAAUGCAUCACGCAUGUGCUCAUGGUGAACUUAAAUCAGUCAAAGCCCUUGUUGCCGCUGGUGCCAAAAUUGAUAUCAAAUCUCAAAACGGAACAACGCCAAUUAUCGUUGCCGCACUUAAUGGAGAGAUCGAAAUCAUCAAAUACCUACUUGAAAAUGGUGCAAACAACAACGACCACACUUCAAAAGGUUUGUCACUUUUGAGUUGUUCUGCAUCUAAAGGAUAUCGUAAAGCUGUUGACUUCUUUAAGAACAAAGGACUUGAUGUUAAUGAACCUGAUAAGGAUAAGAUCACUCCUUUGAUGCAUAGCGCUAGAAAAGGUUCAAUUGAAACAUUCUUAUAUCUUAUUGACAGCGGAGCACGCAUUGAUGAUAUCGAUAAGUAUAAGAGGAAUUCAUUGAUACAUGCUGCUAUAUUCGGACAACUUAAUAUCGUUGAAUAUUACUAUCAACAAAAAUUAGAUUUGACAUUUAAGGAUAAUGACGGCAAAUGUGCUUUAAUUCACGCUUGCCGUAAUGGACACCUUCCUAUUGUUAAGUUCUUAUGCGAGCAUGGCGUUAGUUUGAAUGUUGUUGAUAAUGAUGGCUGGAAUCCAAUCAUUUACUCAGCAGCAAAGGGACAUUUAGAGGUAGUUAAGUAUCUAUUGAAGAAGAAAGCUGAUAUUAACUCAACAGAUCCAAAGGGAAUCACUCCAAUUAUUGCUGCAAAUGGAAAUGGUUUCAAAGAAGUCGCAGAAUUCUUGGAACAAGUCAGGGAUGGAAAGAUACAACUCUCUGAUGAUGAAGAGAGACAGGUUAAGGUUGGAUUCGCAAUGCCAAGGUAUUUGGAUGACACUGAUUCCGAUGUUGGAGAUUUCGAAUUUUCUUUCUCAGAAAAAGGAAAGAAAUCACCAAAGAAACUUAGGUUGAUGAAUUCUGAUGGAAAGAAACUUAAGAGAAUGCAGCCAAAGAAGAACGAAGAAGAAUCUGAUUCUGAUACUUAA